CCAUAUAGCGUCGCGACGCGCGGCGUCCGAUUUAGUUUCCACUCGACAACAUCGAAGUUUCAAAGUCACGCGGAAAAGUCGUCGUCGCCGUCGAGGAAACAACGCAGCAACAGAAUGCCGCCACGUAACAAGGAACAAGAAGCCGAGGUCCUCGCUUGGAUCGAAGCUGUGUUGGGCGAGAAACUUCCAUCAGGAAAUUACGACGACAUUUUGAAGGAUGGUGUGAUCCUUUGCAAUCUAAUCAAUAAACUUGCGCCCGGUUCGGUCAAGAAGAUUCAAACUAAGGGCACCAAUUUCCAGCUUAUGGAAAACAUUCAAAGAUUUCAGGCGGCGAUCAAAAACUACGGUGUCCCGCAAGAGGAAAUUUUCCAGACUGCGGAUCUCUUUGAAAAACGUAAUAUCCCGCAAGUCACCCUCUGCUUGUACGCUCUGGGAAGACUCACGCAGAAACAUAAUUGGACCGGACCAAGUUUAGGACCAAAAAUGGCAGAGGAGAACAAGAGAACUUUCACCGAGGAUCAGCUUCGUGCUAGCGAGGGUCAAUUGAAUCUUCAGAUGGGAUAUAAUAAAGGUGCCAGCCAAGCUGGUCACGGUGGCUUCGGCAAUACUCGACAUAUGUAAAUUUUUUUUAUAGAAAUGAAUUGACAUACAACUGUAUCACAUACAUCUACAAUGAUUGGUUAAACUAUCGAACACGAAGUGUAUGAUACAAUAAAAUCAUUGAAAUAAGUCGCAU